AUGGUUCAAUACAUUCCGCCACCUGAUCCUAGAAGCCUCCUUCCUCCGCUCCUCGCCUGCCUGCCUAUCUCAUUCGUCUCACCUCGGCCACCUCCAGCGCUGUUACCCCUGCUUUCUCCCAUCUUACAACAGAGACUUCAACUCCUCGCUACAUCGACUUCCCCCUCUGGUUCAUGGCUUCCUUUACUAUGCUGGGAUGCGGAACUCGCCCAGCAAGUGGUUGACAUAGUGUCUGACAGCGAUGUCUUUGAACUUCAUCCAACUUCGGGCGAAAUUGAGAUUGGCAGCGUGGAGCCCUUGAGGUAUAAGAGGCUCGAUGAAGAGACCCUGCAAUGUAGGAUUGCGGCGCCGGAUACUGGUCUGGCGGUCAUUACGCUGUGGUAUGCACCAAAUCAGGAUGGUGAGAGCAAUACUUGGCGCAUCGCAGAGGUCAGACCUUUGCACGACAAUGUCGAUGCUGGCCAGGAAGAUUGGUCUCCGUCAAUGACAGAGGCUGAAGAGAGAUGUCGUGAGAAAGCAUUCGAUGAAGCGAUAGAGAAAGAUCAACGGGGUGGUCAAUUGCGAGUGCAAGGUGCUCCGAAUCUUGCAGCAACCGAUGAGGAUGACUACUGGUCACAGUAUGAUAAGACUCCACACCGAACACCAGGGCCUGGACCUGGGCCACAAGUGGAAGCAAGAGAAGGCUCAAGACAAAAUGGGCAUACUCGAACCAUGUCAGAAGCAGAUUAUUUCCAGCGAUAUGCAGGGAUACAGCCAGAUAUGGACAGCGAUGAUCCGUCGCAGGACAGAGAAGCCUUCGGUGACUCGACCUUGCACGGAAAUGCUCUCAGUGCAUCAUAUGGCAACGAAUCUACCAAUACCGAGCAAUCCGCACCCCAGCUCGAGAGAUCGCUGAACGAGCCGCCUCUCACGAUCUCUACACAUCCCACCGUAGCACUUCAGCGUUUUGACAGCAACACAGUGCCACGACUGGAAUCUUCAGCAGAUAAGCAAUCAGAAGCAACGCCAAUGAUCAGGCAGCACGUUAGCACAAGCAUCAAAAGCUUGUACAGACUCUGCCAGGGCUCUGGCAUGGAUCGAUCUGAAUUCGGAGAUCUAGUUCGCACGGAAUUGGAGACUCUGAGCAUAGUUGAUGAUAUGAGCUAG